GUAGGAUGAAAACAAAGGAAAUCCUGAAACCUUAUCAGACACAUGUAAUGUUAUCAUUUGAUGAGAGGCAUAGAAUUAGCCACACACACACAAACACCGAGCCAACACACACCCUUGGUUUCAUCCCUUCCUCCUUUCCUCUACAACCACACGGUUAACUACACAAUACCCUUCCUUCUUCCCUCCACAAUCUACAUACACAGUAACGACUCUGCAAACUAUAUCCAAUCCACCCACAAAGAACGGAAACCCCCGAAUUUUCAGAGGUAACGAUUUCAUAUCCUCUUGUGGGAGUUGUGGGGUUUUAGUUUGUUCCGAAAUUUCUUAUCUUUUUUAAUUUCUGGGUGUUUCGUACUAUCGGUUGAGCUCAAAACCCUGUUCUUUAGGUUUUAUAAUCGACCCAUUCCUAUUUGGUGCUCAGAUUGUAGCGAAACGAGUAUAAGAAGAGUGUAAUUUCGUGUGUAAGAGUCUGUGAAGGUGUUAUUAGGCCAUUGCAGGCUAGGUGUUUGAUAAAUUGUCUGUGAGGAUAGGAAAGUAAUGCCGGGGUCUAUAUAGAGUGCAAUCAUGGCUUCUUUUGCUUCGUUAGUGGGUUUAGGAAGUACCUGCACUUGUUCUCCGGGUCAAUUGGAAGGGACCCGUUUAUCAAUUAGGAGAGUUUAUUUCCCCAAUAGUUCUUGCAGUUUUCAUAACCUUUUGGUCGGAAAAAGGUGGAGGUAUGUUUCGAUUUGUAAAUAUUCUGUGACUACUGAUUACAUCGCUGAUCAAGGGACUUCACUUUCACUGAAUGCCACCAAUAAAAGCAGCCAAGACGAUGCUUCUGAUCUCUUACUUAAGCCUACAAGGCCUAUCUUGAAGCCACCCGAGCCUAAAAUAGCACAAGUUUCAAAUGGUUCUGGUAGGGAGAAGUUGAAUGAAGAAGAGAGAAAUAAGGUGAUUGAGUCGUUAGGAGAGGUGUUGGAAAAGGCUGAAAAAUUAGAAACAAGCAAGAACUCAGAAAUCCCAAAUAAAAAGCCAUCAAUCCCUUUGAGAACAAACACCAAUUCUGAUGCUAACCGAGUCAACUCAGCUAUUGGGAAGUCCAAGACUCUGAAGAGUGUAUGGAGAAAGGGGAAUCCAGUUGCUAAUAUAGAAAAAGUUGUGAAAGAAGCAAAAAAGAUUGAGAAAAUUCCAGAAGUCCCGAAAAUGGAGUCAACAGUGGAAGCUGAAAGUCAGCAAGUUGCUAAGCCACCUCAAAGAUUCCAACCAAAGCUACAAGCAAAACCAUUGACAGCAGCACCACCUGUCAAAAGACCACCAAUCUUGAAAGAUUUAGGAGCUGCUCCAAGGGUGUUGGAAAAAGAAAAAGUAAAACCUAGUACUGAUGAAAAAGAUCCUAGUACAAAACAAAAGGAAAGAAGUGGACCGAUUCUGAUCGAUAAAUUUGCAUCCAAAAGACCACCAGUUGACCCUUUAAUGGCACAAGCAGUUUUAUCACCUCCAAAGCCAGGAAAGCCCUCGGGUCCCACAAAAUUCAAGGAAGAUUUCAGAAAGAGAAGUGGGGCAGCUGGUGGGACCCGUAGGCGUAUGGUUCAAGAUAAUAGGAAUCAUGAUGAUGAUCUUGAUGUUUCAAUUCCAGGGGCAAAAAAGGGAAGAAAGUGGAGUAAAGCUAGUAGGAAAGCAGCUAGGAUGCGGGCAGCUCGGGAAGCUGAACCGGUCAAAGUAGAACUCAUGGAAGUUGGUGAAGAGGGUAUGCUGAUUGAUGAGCUGGCGUAUAAUUUAGCUGUGAGUGAAGGUGAGAUAUUAGGGCAUCUUUAUGCAAAGGGUAUUAAGCCUGAUGGGGUUCAGAAGCUUGAUAAGGAAAUGGUGAAGAUGGUUUGUAGGGAGUAUGAGGUGGAAGUUAUUGAUGUGGGUCCCAUUAAAAUAUCAGAACAAGCUAAAAAGAAAGAAAUUUUUGAUGAACAAGACUUGGAUCAUUUACAAGAUAGACCCCCUGUUCUCACAAUCAUGGGUCAUGUUGAUCAUGGAAAGACAACCCUUUUGGAUUUUAUCCGGAAAACCAAGGUGGCAGCUUCUGAAGCUGGUGGAAUCACACAAGGAAUAGGAGCAUAUAAAGUUGAAGUGCCUAUUGAUGGCACUGUGAGACCAUGUGUUUUUCUUGAUACCCCUGGACAUGAGGCAUUUGGUGCAAUGAGAGCACGUGGGGCCAGGGUUACAGAUAUUGCUAUAAUUGUAGUGGCUGCUGAUGAUGGAAUUCGCCCUCAAACAGCUGAAGCAAUUGCACAUGCAAAAGCAGCUGGUGUGCCAAUAGUUAUUGCCAUUAACAAGAUUGAUAAGAUUGAGAAGGAGGAAGCUGCAGACAGAGUAAUCCAAGUGAUGCAGGAGCUUUCUGUAAAUGGUGUACAACCAGAAGAUUGGGGUGGUGAUGUUCCUAUGGUUCAGAUUAGUGCUCUCACAGGGUUCAAUGUUGAUGAGUUGUUGGAAACCACCAUGCUUGUUGCAGAGCUGCAAGAAUUGAAGGCUAAUCCUGAUAGAAAUGCAAAGGGAACAGUAAUCGAGGCAGGUCUUGACAAGUCAAAAGGACCUGUAGCCAGUUUUAUAGUUCAAAAUGGAACACUAAAAAAAGGGGAUGUAGUAGUAUGUGGUGAAUCCUUUGGAAAGGUCCGAGCUUUAUUUGAUGAUGGUGGAAAACGAGUUGAUAUAGCUGGACCUUCGAUACCUGUACAGGUGAUUGGAUUAAACAAUGUCCCAUUUGCGGGUGAUGAAUUUGAGGUUGUGGAUUCUCUUGAUAUUGCACGUGAAAGAGCAGAAGAACGCGCGAUUUCUUUAAGAGAUGAAAGAAUUUUGGCAAAAGCUGGAGAUGGAAGAAUAACUCUUUCUUCUUUUGCUUCUGCUGUUACAACUGGCAACAAUUCUGGAUUGGAUUUACAUCAACUGAAUAUCGUUAUGAAAGUCGAUCUUCAGGGAUCAAUCGAAGCUGUGAAACAAGCCCUACAAAAGCUCCCACAAGAUAACGUGACUUUAAAAUUCAUUUUACAAGCAACGGGUGAUGUCAGCAACAGUGAUGUUGACCUUGCGAUUGCUAGUAAAGCCAUUAUAUUUGGGUUCAAUGUAAAAGCACCGGGUUCUGUUAAAAGCUAUGCAGAUCAAAAAGGUGUUGAGAUUCGUCUUUACAAAGUUAUAUAUGAUCUUAUUGAUGAUGUUAGAACUGCAAUGGAAGGCCUACUAGAUUCCGUUGAGGAUCAAGUGCCGCUUGGGGCGGCGGAGGUGCGGGCGGUGUUUAGCAGUGGGAGCGGGCGGAUUGCUGGAUGCAUGGUGACCGAAGGGAAGGUGACAAAAGAUUGUGGGGUUAGGGUUUUGAGAAAAGGGAAGAUUAUUUAUGUUGGUGUUGUUGAUUCUUUGAGACGAAUCAAGGAGGAUGUUAAAGAGGUGAAUGUGGGACUAGAGUGUGGAAUUGGAGUUGAUGAUUUCAAUGAAUGGGAGGAAGGUGAUUACAUUGAGACUUUUAAUUCCAUUCAAAAAAGGCGAACACUUGAAGAGGCAUCGACCACAAUGACAGCUGCUUUUAAAGAAGCUGGAAUCGAGAUAUAACCAAUCACUCCACAAUAACAAAAAAAGAAAAAAAAAAAAAAAUCCCCUACAAGAAAGAUUAUCCAAGAUUUUAGUGCGAAUCGUAUGAUGAUGAACAACUUCUCUCUC